AUGUCCACCUCCUCUGGAACCUCACAGACUUACCUCAAAGGACAUGAAGAACACAUGAAUAAUUCUUCAUCAUCAACUCUUAUUAUUCUACAACGCAACACUUCAUCUUCUUGUGGCACUGAGAGAAGAGGCAGAAGAAAGCAGCAAUCAGCAGAACCAGGAAGAUUUCUUGGUGUGAGAAGACGGCCAUGGGGAAGAUAUGCUGCUGAGAUCAGAGACCCUACAACCAAAGAGAGACACUGGCUUGGAACCUUUGACACUGCUCAUGAAGCUGCUCUUGCUUAUGAUAGAGCUGCUCUUUCCAUCAAAGGUGGCUUAGCAAGAACAAACUUCAUCUACACAACCACACAAAACAACACCAUCAAUGGUAAUAAUCUUCUCAACUCUAUGGAUAAUAAUCCUCAUCAUCAUCAACAAGUUAUUUUGCCACCUUCACAAGAUUAUUUCCUCAACAACACUCAUCAGAAUUGCAUCAUGCCUCACCAACUUGAUGAUGAUAUUACUUCCCUUGUCGACGAUGAGAACCCUUCAAAGUUGGUGAUGAAGAGCGAUGAGAAUUUGUUCUUCUUCUCAGCCACUGAUUCCACAAAUUCUGGCUAUCUGGAAUGCAUUGUUCCAGAGAACUGUUUCAGACCUAUUUCUUCUAGCACUCCCACCAACAACAAUACCUCAAACUCCUCCAUGAGUGCUGCUUCAGCUCCUAGUGACCAAAAUGUUGUUAGCCACAUUAACACAAACACCAUGGAGGCAUUGAAGCAUUACUAUGGUGGUGAAGAACUUGAUGGUCAAGGAUUAUUCUGGAACAAUCAGGAUGAGCAACAAUCAUCUUGGGAUUGCAAUAAUAAGAGUAAUAAUUAUGGUGAACUUUCAGCUAUAUUUGACAAACAAGAAGGUUGCAUGAAUGCAUUGUGUCCCAUCAUGAAUGAGACUAGUCCAAGCUAUGGAGUAGUAGUGACUACUCGUGAGGCUGCUAUUCCUAUUCCUUCAACUACUUCUCCAUCAAUUCCUUCUUUGGGGGAUGUCCACUUAGGAAUGACCUACUCGCUCUUCUAG